UGGAGGACUGGCGGGCGGCGGGGGAGGGGCGCCAAGAUGGCCGUUGUGAGGCGAGGUGAGCGGCGCGUUGCCAUCGAUACCGACAGGUCUUUUCCCCGCGGAUGUCCCGGCGGGGCGGAGGGUGACCGGGAGUGGCUGUUUCCCACCGUGUUAGAGGUUAGCUCUCGCCUCCCCAGGCGGGGGCCGAGGUCGAGCUAGGCCUCGGCGCCGAGUCCGGCCCGAUAGCCAUAUCGCGACAGCCCCGACACGCUGAGGUGAAUCCCGGCAGCUGCGGGCCCUGUGUCAGCGUGAGCAGGGGCUUGGCGCUUGUGCGGGCCGAGGAGCACCUUUACCCGCAGGCAAAUCGCUUUCCUGAGGCCGAGUGACGCCCCUUGAAAAUUCAAGUCUUUACUUCAAAUUAUGAACCACUGGGAUUCGGGGGGGGGGGGGGGGAGCUCUUCAUUAGUGUGGUCAAAAUGAUUAAUUUCCACUUCUUUCAAAGAGGUCAAGGGUUUCCCCCAGCAAAAUGUAAAUUUCAGCCCUAGGUAGACAAAGCCGGUUUUGAAAGCUUUGGCUUGAACAAUUAGUGUUUGCCGAAGUCCUAAAAACAAGUUUGUGUAAUGAGGUGCACUGGGUAAUGUUAACUAUAGCUGCUACAUGCUUUUAAUACAGUUUUGGCAUUAAAAAAAUCCAGUUUUUUAGAAAAUGGGCUGUGUUCUACCUCAAGUAAGCAUGCACAGCAUCACUCACAGUCAUUUCUAAAAUCAGGAGCAGCCUGGAUAAGUAGUCAGGCUUUUGUUGUAUAAAACACUUCACUGGAGCAUGGUCUGUAGCUGUUCUCUACAAAACUGUCCAGGAAAGUCAGCAGGAUUUGGUUCAAGGGCUGUCUGAGAGCAGGACUGGUAGUGGAGGCAUGUGUACAUGCAGACGGACUCCAGCCCGCGCGGUGGAUAGCUGCCGCCCUCCUAAAAACCAGGUUGGGUAUGUGAGCCGCUUGGAAAGACUCACGCUCACAAUCCAUACUCACCCCAAGCACAACUACCUUGUUGCCUGGGAGUUACCCUCCUACAUGAAAGAAUUUAUACAACAGGAAACAAGUGGCGUUACACUUUGUUUUCUUCUGGACUGUACAAGCUUUCCAAUAGGCAGAAAUCACGUGCCAACCUGCACGCAGUGGAAAGUCACUACGCCAGGUCUCACUAAUGCAAAUGCCCCCCUUAGCAGAAUGCAGUUCUUGCUGCUGCAAGUUCGUGUGCUUCAUAUAAAUGCUUUAAAAUUGUUACUGUGCUUUUUUUUUUCCUGUGCCAGAAUGCUUACUUUCAAUUUAAAAAUUCCCCCAGCAGCAAUGCAGACUUCAUUAAUCCUAGCAGUGAGAUGAUCUCAGGGUGUUGGGAUUAGCAGCCUACUGUUACACCUGAAAUUAUAUAUUCAGAUGGCAUAAUAAUUACUACUUAACUGCAGUAUCCCUUUCACAGGUGUGUUGUGGGGUUUAAAUGUUUAACCUGUGUGAAAUGUCUCCUGUUGCUCAGGGGGAGGCAGCAUGUUCUAAAUAAUAGUGGCUAUCAAACCCCGCCUUGGAACAGAUGCAGGAAUGUGGUCAGUGCCCUCUUGUGGAAAUUAUUUAAAAAAAAAAGUUUAAAAAUAAAGUUGGGGAACUGCUAUUAGGGAAUUCACUAGGGGUUGCCUGUACGGUAAAAUCAUACUACUCUAAUUACACCACUGGCAUCACGGCAGUGUAGCUACCCAGGGUGGAUGAGGCUACACCGGUAUAGCUUAGCGUGUGGUUAUACAGAAAGAGUUCAUAUCCAGACGCUUCUUGCGGAAUAAUAACACGUCUGCACAUGCAGUUGUGGUAUUUCAAAUUAACAUCCUGCUUCACAGUCUAAAAUAACUUUAAAAUGGAGACAUCUCCUUACUACUGUGCAAGAAAGGAAGCACAUCAUCUUGACACAAGGCGUUACUUUUGCAUGACGGUUUAUACCAGCGUAUAAAUACAAACACAUCUUUAACCAUUAGUCACUGCAGAACACGAUGUGUAAUGAAACCUUUAACUCCCAUUCUGCAAAAAGAAAGCAAGCAUUCAUCAAAACGCAUUUUGGCUAAGUGAAGGGACGAGUCUGUUAGGAGCCUAUAGUCCCUUUACAGAAGGUGGAGAGGAGAUGAAGCACGUCCAGGAGGCAUUUCAGAUCAUAGACAGUAUGAAUCACCUUCUAAAAUUGCUUGCCUAUUUCCACUGCAUUCCCAAAUUGGACACCUUAAUUAGGUGCCUAAAGUUAGUGGGGAUUAAUUUGGGCCCAACUGCAUAAGACUAUUAGGUGAUGAGGACAUUAACCUCAAGAAGCCCAGAGACGAAGAUGGUGAGGUGAGUAUGUCCCACUGAUUUGAUGAUAAUGAGCUGUCUUUGAGAAGAUGGAUGAAACAGCCUUUCACAGACAGUUUUACUCUCUGUGAAACAGAGAUCGUAACUUUUUAAUUCCUCAUGUGUCUGAAAGAGGCUAAGAAUAUUAAUGAGUUACUUAAGAGGUACUUUAGUAGAACUUCAUCAGUUCUGUCAUCUGUUCCUUUACAGAUUCUAUUUUAUGUAAAUGGGAUUUAUUACACCUUUUACUUCUUGGUGACUCUUGCAAUGAUUGUUUAUAAAAGUCAAGUUUUCAGUUACCCAGAUGAUUUUUUAGCUCCUGAUCUUGCAUUGCUUUUCAUUAUGGCCAUUCUUGAAGUGCUCCGAUUAUACUUCGGUUCAAAGGGUAACCUGACAGAAGAAGAGGCUCCAUUAGGGCUCAGUCUUGUGAUCACAGUCGGAAGUGUGAUUCUGUCUGUGUAUUUCCUGGUGUGGCAAACUUACGUGCUGAAAGCAGACGUCAUUAUCAACGCUGUUCUUCUCUUUACAUAUGGGCUUGAGUCAGUACUAAAGGUCAUAGCCAUUGCUGCUUUUGUCAGCUAAAGCCUAGCAGUUUUCAACAUGUUCUCAACACAUUUCUUCUAUAAAAGAGUGGGUUUAUAUUUCAAAUAUUUAAUUCUUUUGCAUAUAAAAAAGCCUGUAAAACUUUCCCCUGUUUAAAGUACAAAUUUUUGAGGGACAGAGAUCUCCCUGAAUAGUAGGUAAAAUAUGCUGUCCAGCAGCUGUGUUACACUAUCUCAUCAUAGCUUAUUUAUGGGCAACGGCAAGAGAUGAUUCAGCAAAGACACUUAAUGCUCUGGUAUUCAUCAGGGAUCGACACUAAAUAUUCAUUCCCAACACAGAAUAGUAGCCAGUGCAUCAUCUAGCUAUGUGCUGUUGAGAUGAUGUGAGUUUCCAUGGCAUAGCAGCAACGUACAACCAAAGUGACACAGAAAUGAAUCAGGCCAAUAUAGUAUGGACUCAUUUCUGCCUUACCACACACACGUUCGUGUUUGAGGGCACAGUUUCUCUUCUGCUCUCAUUUGUGUUUUCAGACCCCAGUGGUAAUUUCCCUGACUUUAGUAGGGCAGUGCCUGAUUUAUCCCAGUGGGAGAGAGUUGAAUUGAGUUUUGCGCAUACCCGGAGAGCCAGAGCUACAGGGUUUGGGCAGCUGGUUCUUACUGACACAGAGGCCAAAGGCAGUAGUGUGAGGGUAUGUUUGUUUAAAUAGGAUGGCCUUAAGAUGAGCAUAAACAUUCACCAUUCACUCACCCUUCUGUCCUAUUGAAAAGUCCAACAGAAUGUUGUCAGAUGUAUUUCUAUUUGGUGUUAAAUGUGUUUAUUUGCAUGAUUCUGCAAAAAAUUACAACAUAAGCCUUGUCUUUUAAAUGAAGAACUCUGUGCAAUUUCGGAUUUUUUUACUGUAUCAAAAAUACGUAUGUAUUAAUGUAAAGCUUGGGGAUUUGGUGGGGGUUUUGUACAAGCAGGUUUUAUAUUCAGAAUUUCCUAUUUUUGUAUUUAUUUAUUCAAAUAAAUAAUGUAUGAGAUCCAA